AUGGCCGUUGGAACACAGGAGCUGUACUAUCGAAUUGGGGUGACAUCCGUUGUGUUGUCCACUCUAUCACUCGCAUUGCUGGCGUUUUCUCUUCCACUCAUUUACAUGAGGAGCGAUUACCAACGAUCAGAGCUAGCCGAGCAUGCUAGUCGAUUCAGGGAAUCUUCCGACGCUUUAUGGGGCGAAAUGUUCCAAAUCCGUGAAACCGCGGACCCUCGAAUCCGAUUCUUCUCAAGACGACCACGAAAGGCAUGGCUUGAUAGCGGUCUUUGUAAAGGCUGCUUUACAUUGGCUUGCCCUAUGGGACCACCUGGACCGCCAGGACCACCCGGACCAGAUGGCUCUCCCGGUGAACCUGGUUCCCAAGGUGUUGCAGGCCAAGAUGGUUUUGAUGUACAGCUCGAAUCAGAACCUGACCUCCCAUGUGUUAUCUGCCCAGCAGGUCCUCCGGGACAGAGAGGAUCACAAGGGGAGCGAGGAAUGGCAGGCCAAGCUGGGCACCCAGGGCAGCCUGGACCGGAUGGNAGUAGCGGCGUUGACGGCCCGCCAGGCUUACCAGGACAUCAAGGACCACCUGGAGAACAGGGGCCCAUGGGACCAAAAGGUCCUCAAGGAGACAAGGCCAUAGCAGGUACUGGUGUCAAAGGGCCGAUUGGUCCACCUGGUCCUCAAGGAAUGAAAGGGAGACCAGGACCUCAUGGAAAGACAUCGAACAAUCCUGGAGAACCAGGCCUUCCGGGACCAGCUGGUCCGGCUGGUCCUGUGGGAGACCAGGGACCUGUUGGAAUGGAAGGACCUUUCGGUCCACCUGGUGAUCCAGGUUAG